AUGAUGAUAAACAUCCUAGUGAUCUGUCUUGCUCUUCUCAUUGGCAAUCUUCGAUUUGUGGUAUGUCAACAGACGAAUUAUAAUUGUGCUGUAAAAGAAUCUCAAGCCAAUACAACAGAAAAAUUGUCGCAACUACGGGCUCGAAUGAAAAGUCUUAGUUUGUAUGCAUACAUUAUCUUCUCUGAAGAUGAACAUCGAAGUGAAUACGUGCAACAGCAGGACACACGGCGAGCAUGGAUAACAGGGUUUUUGGGCCCGGUCAGAUCUGCUGUUGUUACACUUGAUCAUGCUGCACUGUGGAUCGAUGAUCAAUAUUGGGCACAAGCUGAAAACGAACUCGAUUGUGCCAACUGGCUUCUCAUGCGGCAAGGUGAACCGGGUGUACUAGAACUUAGUGACUGGGUAGCCAGCUCACCGGUACAACGUACAAAAGCCGUCAAAAAUCCGACCGAACAAAAGGGCAUGCGUGAUUGUGGUGUUCGGGAUAGUGUAGCACGUGUACGCCAUUUGAUGUGGCUAGAAAAUGAGAUAAAAAACAAUCGUCAAGUCAACGAAACACAAGCAGCAGAACGACUGGAAUAUUAUCAAUCACUAGAAACUUACUUCAAAGAAAUCAGUUUUCUUACUAUUUCGGCAGUUGGUGCCCAUGCGGCAACAAUUCAUUUUCAGCCCAAUGCCGAAACAGCAGCUCAGAUUACCAAAGAUAAAGUGUAUCUACUAGAUGCUGGUGCACAAUAUCUGGAUGGUACGACGGAUGUCACCCGAACACACACAUUUGGCACACCGACUGCCGAAGAGAAGAAAGCAUACACACUAGUUUUACAGGGUAAACACUAG